CGUGCAAACUUGUUCCAGGACGUGAACUGUGCCCGCGAUGGCGCGGUUGGAUCUCCCCCUAGUUGUCUGUUGGUAACUCUUGUUGACUUGCGGCGAGUGAACAGUGGACGACGACGACGGGCCAUGGUCCUCCUCGUGAGCGGUGGAUAAGAUGGGUACGAAGCACGUGACCGAACUCUGCCUUAUUACGUCACCCCCCUAACUGGGCACGAGGCAAGACCUACACUCUUUUCCUUUACCGCCUCUAGCAAGCCUCGCACUAGACAUGCUCUUCUAUCUCACAUCGCGAAUAAUCUGUUCCGUGUCUGCGUUUUUGUAUCCUGGUUACGCGUCUUACAAGACACUCAGCCAGCGACCAGCAUCGGAAGAGGAACUAGAACGAUGGCUUAUGUACUGGUCGGUGCUUGGAUGCAUUGUUGCGGUUGAAUAUGUUGCCGAGUGGCUGAUCUCAUGGAUCCCGUUCUAUUACCUCACAAAGACGCUCUUCCUCCUCUACCUUUCCCUUCCCCAGACCCAGGGAUCCACAUAUCUCUAUAUCAACCACUUAGAGCCUUUCUUCAGUACUCACGAAGCACAAAUUGACGCAACGACGGCAUCCCUGAGAGCCAAAUUGUAUGCCUUUGUCCAAUCGCGCGCUCGGGCCCUCUGGGACCAGAUUUCGGCUAGUGUAGGACAGCAGUCUUCACCGGAUCCGGUAGCGGGCGGUGGAUCAGAAGCGCCGCCGCCGUCUCUUAACAAUCCUGUGUCGGGUCCCGCUCAGCUCGUUACGUCGUUCUGGAGGUCGUAUGGGCCCAGCAUCGUCGCAUCAGGCGCGGCGCUUCUGAAACAGGCGACCCCGGCCCCGACACCUACAUCGUCGCGAAUGGGGACCUCCUCAUCGGGGCCGACCACAAAGUCCAUCUUAGAGAGACGACGGCAGCUAGAGGCCGAGCUAGCAGCCCUGCCCAAAGUUGGCGAGCCGAUGCCAUCUGGAUCGCCCCUACUGAGUCCCCCCCGGGUGUCCUCAGACCAGGAUAUGUACCUGCGAGAACGUGCCACGUCUGUGUCCGGGCGAUAUGAGGAGAUAGAAGUACCGAGCGACGUCGAAGGGUACGAUGUGGGGCCUGCUGGAGGAGACGGAGUUGGUUACUCGUACGAUUCGCGCCCUGCUGCUCAGAAGCGGGGAAGCAGCUGGUUCGGCUGGGGUGGCGCUUCUAGCACGUCUGAGUAUGAGACGGUCAAGAAUGAGUGAUGGCCUGUCCGCCUGCCAAUUAUCCAUCUACUGUUUUCCCACUUAGUCAUAAUAUUUGGACUAUCAGUAUCUGUCAGUGUAAUUGUAUACAAUGGAUUGCUCGAAUGACCCCGGGGUUUCCCACUACACGGGAUCGACGGCCAUGAUCGA